ACAAGAGAAAAAACAUAAAUUCAAAAGACAAAGCAAAAGACACAAGCGUGCUUAACCAUUAUCUGCAAAGCGGGUCAGCAGCAACCUUCAUUCCGAUUCAGAUUUGAAUUCCUUUUCCUGAUCUUGGUCUUCUCAAGAUGCCAGCCGCCAGCUCACAUCCCCGCUUGUUCUUCUACUUGCUGUGCGCCGCAUCGCUUUUUGCCGUUUCCAAAUCGGACACCGGUAGUACAAAGAACUCCUAUUUCUCGUCUUAUUUCUACUAUUUAGCUGUUAAUUUUAUUAAUCCAUUUGCAAUGCCGAUAUUUUAUCGUUUUGUUAAUGUUUUGCCACUGCAGGCUCCUCUUGACGAUCUAGCAUACGAUGCUGCUCUACAAUUGGGCUUGCUCAACCAUCGCCUCAACGUGCUUGCUCAUGAGGAGGAGUCAAGGCAACUUAGUUUGACCAAUAUCACAUUGAACAAUCUUGUGAAUCGCAUACCCUGCAGCUGUGACACUGGGCUGUGCAAAUGCUGUGCGGGUUUCCUCUCGGUGAUCGGCAUGAACAGCUGCACAGAAGUAGCCUACCGUCCGGAUGAGUUUUCUUUUGAGUUGCGAAUGCGCGUUAACAACAACAUUUGGUUCCGUCGAAAAGUUUCUGGACAGAAUCCUCCGCCAUUCUGUUUCAGACCGCCCCGAUUUAACUUCGCCAGGGCCUGCAUUCAAUUCCAUGACAUUUGGUUUGUGGGUCGUAACAUGCACGUCUGCAUGUACAUGUCUGGGGAGUUUCAAGGCUUUGAAUUAUUCGAGAGGAACUUUGAUUGUCUUCUUUUUGGCGAUCAUGGCGUCAAGAUCGUCUCACCAGAGCAGAGUUAUCCAACGAGACCCAAUGGUGUGGACAUCGACGAUGGAGAUGACGAUAUUGAGGACUAUGAUGAGAAUGUGGUUCGCCGUUUAGUAGAAAAAAUGAUUGUCUAACUAGCACGACUUGACUAAUUUAUUUAUUUA